AGUUCUCGCCUGGAGACCGUCCGGUGCGCAGGUGAUCAAUCCAUCUCUCGCACACCCGGGUUCGCUUGUCGCGAUGGCGUGUCGGUUCACCACGCGGUGGACGCAACAUUCACGCGUCCGGAUCAAGAUGCUAGCCUAAACCGCGAGUUCUUCGAUUUCCCGAUAUUCGUGCCGGCGCGAUGUAGUGUCACAAUUGUCGCGGUGAAGUCUAAGAAAGAAGAAACGAAGGAAAUCAGCGAAGAGACGACGAUGAACGGCGAACGAGACUCGUAACUGUUUCGCGGACCCCGAGAAGAGAAAACCACGAAGAGCAGCCGGAAGAAAGGAGAAACGGGCCGGUCCGGUGGGCCCCGGCCAUGGGGGAGACAGAAUGUUCUCCGAGCUGUGCAGGGAGACCCUGCGGAAGGCAGCAGUGUGCUACAGUUCUGCUCGUGCAGGAAGUCCAUCACCAUCGCCACCAACGUCUCCGCCGCCAUCACCCGCCAAGGAGGCAAAGACUGCUGCCAACGCUGACCUGGCAAAUGUCCGUGAUGCCAGCCACGAGGGAGUCGGAGACCAUCAUCAUCCAGGGACCACCAUCAUCGGAAGACGAGCCCCGUCAACCGGAAAUGCCGCCACCGAGUCUAAAGAGCCAACCGCAGAAAGAUCGCCCGAGCGCUCGAACGACUUCAGGGAAAAGCGACCGGCGAUGCCCACCGACUUCAGCAAACGAUUGCCCGGACUCGAAGCGAGAGAUGGACGACGAGGCCGCACGUGCGGCGCCGCCGAGCCCAGGGAGUCUCGAUCGGUGUCUCCCGAGAAGAGAGCCCGGUAUCAACACGAGAACAGCCGAAGAGGAGGAAGCGCCGGUAGUGAGUGCGGCCGACGGUCUCCAGGGUCGUCGCCCGAACCCGAGGACAACUCCUCAACUUCUGGCGACGAAGCUGGAGCCGCUCCUGAGGAAACUAACCAAAGGUCCAGUUCUGCACACAAUCGCCACUCUCUCACGAAGGAGCAAACAAUGCAUUGGUUCGCGCAGAUCGGCGGUGACGACGAUUCCCUCGCUUUAUCAGAUGUGAAGCGCCGGCGAAGUCUCUACGAUGAGGAUUCCCUCGACGGUGAUCGUCCUUGUGAUAAUGAAGGACGGGACUCGACGGGAAGCUCGAAGGAGUUGGACAGGGCGAAGCUCGUCCGCGAGAGGCAGAACGAGGAGCGGCAGCGGAAGUUGGAGGAGCUCCGACAUCAGGCGCUCGCCGCGCAACGCUUCCGCGAGCAACGCGAGGAAGAGCGCCGAAGACGUAUCGACGAGCUCAGAUCGCGCGACAACGACAGACGAAAUCAAGUGGAGGAGAGAAAACGGCUGAUUUGCGAGGCGGAACGAGAGAGACGGGAAGCGAUCCUGCGCAAGAAUCAAGAGAGGGAGGCGCGUAUCGAGGCGAAGAGGAAGAACGAAAGAUCGCACAUCGUCUUCGCGUUCGGCAGCUCCACACCGCGAAUGUUGGAACCCGCCGAUACCGGCGGUUCCACCUUCUGGGGAACCCGCAGGGCCACUUCCACCACGAAUGUCAUGAUGUUCUCGGCGGCGCAACCCCUCACUAGGAGGUCCUCCGAGAGAGAGCUUGAUGGCAGCAAAAAACGAGCCACUUCCGCCGGCGGACUAGAUCGGAAACCCGGCGAAGUCGAAUCAACAACAGUCCUUGAUGCAAACACGCACGAUGAACGGCUCGUAAGCGGAUUUGGUGUACUUCCAUAUAUGAGAAUGUCCUCGUCCAUGUACGAGGUGUUCAAUUGGAAUUCUAGCCCCGAUCCCCCUUUAACUCCUGCCAAGCAUAAGAGAGCCAGCCUCUCUCUACCCCCCACAACCGACAUCUUUGCCGUCGAUGAUAAGUCCGAUAACGACGCUAGGCGUCCCAUGAUUCAGCGGGCUGCCAGUGGUGAAGAUAGCGAAGACGGUGGCACACCCAGCACUCCGACCUCGGUUUACCUGCGAGUGAACAGGCGACGCACCGAUCUCAUGCCGACGAUACCGUCCCCGCGUGACGGCCCGCCGUCGACGGCACGCAGUUUCAGCGCCAAGGCCUUCACACGCUCGCCAGGUAGGACUUACUCCAUGUCCAGGCUGGACCAGCUAGCGCAGCCUAGGAAACGCGCUGCCGAGCAACAACUCGGCACGCUCGCGGAGCAGCGGCAGCAGAGCCAGCCUCUGCAGAGCGCUUCUAGCAUGAGCCGAAGCAUGUCGCACUUGGCCGCGCCCGGGAGCACCAAGAGUCUCAAGCGCUCAGAUAAUUCGCGUAGCAUGGGCACGCUGCCGGGCGCGGCGCCAAUGCCCAGACCCACCCGCGCCGAGAGAUUGCGCCGCAAGGCCCGCGAACAUCAGCAGGCCCAGCAAGGUAUCCGCAGCGGCGAAGUGACACCCAACAGCCCGUCCCGACCGCACAGUUCCAUGAGUCAGCAGAGCGCCAGCAGCGUGGGCAGCAGUAACGUCAAUCUGCGUACCCGCACGGCCGCGUCGCGCCGACCGCGGCCCGCUUCUAUUGCCGGUACCGGUGUCUCGAUCACAGAGAAACACAAUCUAGUGGGCGAGGUGAAACUAACGAAGGAUUCAAAGCCACCACUGCCAAAGGUCCAUAGCACUCCAAAGAAACCUUCUACACCCAAAGCAACAGAGUAAAAGCCGACAGAGAAAUUAAUCAAGAACGCCAAGUCAUCACCGCGAAUAACUCCGAAAGCGACACCUCUGCAGAGUCCGGGAGUCGAGCACGUACCGCUCAUCCGCGAAACCGCGGAGAUCAUAAAACAGAAUGAGGAUAAGGAGGCGCAGGAUGUGAAAUUGGAGGACAAGAACGAGGAGAAAAAGGAUCAGGGCACCGAAAAGAUACAGGAAGCGAACAUUGCUGAAUCCAUGACUAACGACACUAAGGUAGCGACGGAGCCUGUGUCGACAAAUAAACAAGUCAAGGAUGAGUCUAAUUUAAUGCAAGAAAAUCUGUCAGACAUUAUUGUAAAAGAAUCGCCGAAAAUCGCUAAAAAAGAAGAGAACAAGCAGGAGAAGAAAUCGACGGAGACGACUGAAACCAAACCUGAGGGCGAACUAGACGAACAGAUUGAUAUGUCAGCUUCAAUGAUCGCGAAAAUCAGGAUCACUACCGAAGAGGAAGCCAAAGCAGCUUUGGCUGAACGUAGGAGAUUAGCUCGAGAACAAGCGGAACGAGAGGCGGAGUUGGAGCGUCAGCGACAGGAAGAAGAAGCGCGUUUGGAAGCUGAAAGAUUGCGUGCAGAGGAAGAGGAGCAACGUCGUUUAGAAGAAGAGACUAUACGCUUAGCUAAUGAAGCUCGAGAAGCAGAGGAACAGCGAUUGCAACUAGCAAUUGAAGAAGCUAAACGUCGUGAGGAAGAGGACAGACAAAGAAGAGAAGAGGAAGCUCGUCAAAAACAAGAAAAAGAGGAAGCAGAGCGCAAAGCGAGAGAAGAGGCAGAAAGUCAGUUUGAAAAAAAUUUCUUUUUCUUCUGUCUAUUCUUGAAAUUCAUGAUAGAUUGUAUUACAGUGAAUAAAUAUAUAUAUAUAUAUUUAAAUUAUAGACAACGAAUUGAGAUGGCUGAGAGGCUUAAAAAGGAAGAAGAGGAGCGCAACGCUAGGCGCAAACGAGUUGAAGCGAUCAUGCUUAGAACGAGAGGCAGAAAUCAAUCCAACACACCUAAGGGAGAAGGUGGUGAUGGUGACAAGUUGAAGGAAGAUAGUCCUAGCGAUGAGAGCAAACCGGUGCUAGGUGGCAAAGGUGACGACGUCAUGACAGCCAGUUUAAUUUCCGAGGCGACUCAGCAAUUUAUCAGCGGGGAACAACACGCGCAUCACACAGAAAACAAUCUGCUUACGCCAGACAUAGUGCACAAUGGCACGACACAUAGCAACGGCAUUAACGAAAAUAAAAUUGUAUUGGAUAAUAAUCAGGGUAACGUUGAAGGGGAAUUGAAUGGUCAUCAUACGAAUCACGGAAACGAUAUCAACAGUCAAUCGAUUACGCUGGACAAUGCCACUGUCAAGCAAAACAACGUGACCAACAACCUGUUAGACCUGUCGAGCUUCGAUACUCUGAGUAAUAACAGUAGCGGCUACGAUACUGGAUCGAUACUCGAACUGACACCCAACCUGGCGAACGAGGAUACCCUCAACUCCAAUCUGAAUCCGGCGGCGAUGCCGUUUACCCCGAUGAGUUUCGUGCCCACUACCGCUAACGUCAACGUCAAUCCGUUCCAAGACAAUUUUAUCAACAAGCCACAGGACAACAAUCAAGUACCAGAUCUACUCUCAUAAAGUGUCUCUUAAACGUUCCCGGACGAAUGGAGGAGAAGCAGUUGGUUAAUCGAUAGCCAAAUUGCUCGUGACGAGCGAUAGCUAUGCACAGAACGAGACGUCGUUUCGGAUAAUGUAAAUAACCGCCGUCGCGAGCGAUGUAUCGUGUCUGGAAAGAAUAUCUAAAUGAAAGAAGGGCAUGAAGAAGGGCACCGCAUCGGACACAGAUCAUCCCCGGGCCUCACGUAUUGAAUUUUAAGGAUCGUAAUCGGAAAAAAGUGUAAAAUAAUAUUAAUUAAUUAUAAUAAUAUGCAACACAGCAAGUAUGGACACUCAGUCUGUGUGUCGUAGUACGCUCUAUUAGAUAAACAUAAAUUUUGAAAGGACCUUUGGAGGGGAUUGAGGCCUAUUUGUAACACAUCAUUUUCGAAUAUACAAACAUAUUUCACGGUAACAAAUCGAAAUUAAUUUUUUCUCACAUACACAUAGUUUCAUCCUUACCACGCAUAUACGUGUGUAAAUUACAAAUACAAUUUUCAAGAUACUAAUCGAUAGAGACGAAAGAUUUUGAAAUCGCGCGAAGAGAAUAUAAUUGACAAAUAAAUAUAGCACAAGAAAAAAUAUAUUAAAGUUGAAUUAAAAGCUGAGAAUAUAUCUGCCAAAAUGACAGAUUAGAGAAUGUCCCUAAGAUAAGAGAUAGCAUAGCGAGGUACUAUUCUGUAACAAUUUCAUGAUAGACGAGUGGAUUUUAAGCGCGUUAUCGCGUCCGAUGCGAGAGACAUUCUGCGGAUACAACUUGGAAGGAAGUAACCGUAAGCAGAGAAAAAUACUUUUCUUCCAUAGAUUUUCGGGGCGUGCGCUCACUAGUCAAGCAAUUUUAUUAUUUUCUUUUCUCUUUUUUUUUUAUCUUAUUUCAUUUAGAAAUCCUAUUUACCAUUGGUAUACUCUAGGUUUCUGCUAGACUUCGCUAUUGUUAUGUUUCUUCGUGGCUCGAGCAUAAAUUCUCUAGCUGUGAUGAAUAAUGAUGAUGAUAAUAACAAUGACGAUGAGUUGAGUGCUUUGUGAGAUAGCCGCUGCAUAAGUUAAUGGAGUGACGAUCUAGUAACGUUAAUUGUAAGAAUUGUUACGCGAAAGAUGUUACGGAUGGGAUUAAUUGCGCUUUACUCGACGCAGAAAAAUACAAAUGAUAUUGCAAUAGUAAUGCGCGACAGCAAAUAUCGCAGCAAUAUACAUGUAUAUCCGAGUGAUGCAAAUUAUUUGUCAUUACUCACACUAUAAAAAAAUAUUACGACGAUAAUAUCGGUAUAGCAUAUUUUAUAUUUUGUGCUGAUCCUAUUGCAAAUCGUGCAAUAUCACGUAGGAUUCGGCGAUAGAUUAUUUAUAAUGAGGAUAGAGAAAUGAAUUCUGUUAUCCCGGUUUUAUUCGGAAAGCAUGGUCGAAAGAGACGAUUAUUGACACUAGAGAAAAAGAUAGAAUUUAUAGUAUACGAAAUUUUUAUGUUUUGUUAUUCAAUUUUUCUCGUACAUUUGCGCGCGAGAUUUGUUCCCUUUCCCUUUUCUCCCUGUUCUUUAUUUUAUGCGCAUUUUAUCAUAACUGGAAAAUAAAUUCAUUUGAAUUUUUAUAUUUACUGCUCUUAACAGCCUUUUAUCAAAUUUAUUAUAAUUUAAUAAGAGCCUUGACUUACUACGAUUAAAUUCAUUAACUUAUAUAUAUAUGGUAUAAAUGGUAUAAGAAAUUUUCUUAUCAAUAUCGCCAGUUUAAAUUUCAGUUAAAAUUUAAGCUUUUCCUUUAUUCGCAUAUUUGCGUAAUAUUGUGACCUGUUUUUCGGGCAUCGGGGAGAGAUUUCUUUGCUGAAUGAUGAAUACAUUUUCUCAUGAACGAUUAAUAAGUUAUUUUUUAUCGAUAUAAUUAUUGAUCGUUUUAGAAUAUAUAUUAUUGAGUAUGUUUAUACAGAAAAACGCAUGUUAUAUCACGAGUCACACUGUUCACGCGCCGAGAAUGUCUCGAAGCAGAAAAAGCAUUAUAUAGCUUGAAAUGACGGAUUUAUUGACAUGUUUUAUCGCUCGUUUUCACACGAGAAAUGCCUCUGCGUUUGUCCUGUAAAAAUUUCUGUAAUGGGCCGCAAUCGUUACGAUUUAUUGUAUCAAGUUAUUUAUAUUAGUCCCCCUUUUCUUUUUCGACAGAAUAUAUAUUUAUUAACCGUUUGGACACCGUAUAUUAUCCCUGCGUCACAUGUACACAUAUACUAUUUUUAUUAGAUUUGGUUGAGAGUCUAUUAAAACUAUUCUAUAAGAAUACAUAAUAAUAAUGAUAAUUAAAUAGAAUAUGAGAGAAUGUUUCUAAAUAUACAAUAACGAAAAGAAAUGCUAAAUAUCAUCAGUCAUGUUUAAACAAAAAAAGAAACAAAUACUUCAUAUUGUAAAAAAAAUGCUUGUAUGUAAUAAAUACUUAAUACCAGAAUA